AUGACUCCAAACACGACACAAAAUGAGGCACCAAGUCUCUACAUCUACCAACCGAGCCACAUCUUACCCGCGGUGUUUGCUGCCCUCGUUGGCAUAUCUUGGGCGCUACACAUCUUCCAAAAUAUUCGCUAUAAAUUCUGGCGUAUCACGUUCUGGAUCUGUUGGGCAGGAGUACUCUUCACGACAGGAUGGAUCGUCCGCUGUAUAUUCAGCUACCAUCCCGCAAACGUCAAUCUGUAUAUUGUGCAGACCGUCCUCAUCUACGUUGGCCCGCCAAUCUACUCAGCCUCCGCCUACAACAUUAUCGGUCGGCUGAUGAACUACUUGCCCAUGCACGCAGUCCUCAACCCGAACCGUGUGCUCAUCACUUUCGUCUACAUCGGCGCUGCCGUUGAGAGUGUGACAGUCGCUGGAGCGGCCAAAAAUGCCUCCGCCGGGUCCAGUCUUUCGGAGUAUAAGUCUGGCGGAACGCUCAUUGCCAUCGGCCAGAUCUUGCAGGGAGCGGUCGAAACAGUCAUAAUUGCAAUCGUCGCGACAGUGCACCGGCGCUGCGCCCGCGCCGGCAAGGUCCCUCGCAACGUGCGCAAGCUCUGCAUCACCCUGUACGGGACCUCAACGCUCGUCCUACUGCGAUGCAUCUUCCGCGCCGUCGAGACAUUCGAGAUGUUCUCCCACAUCGGAUGCCGCGAGAACUGCGGCCCCAUCCUCAGCCACGAGUGGUUUCUCUACGCCUUCGAGCUCGGGCCCAUGCUCGUCUUCACCUGGUGGCUCAAUGUUCUUCAUCCCGGUCAGUCUCUGCCCAAUGAAAAGAACCGAUAUCUUGAUCUGGACGGGUGCACUGAGCGCCUUGGACCGGGUUGGAUUGAUCAAAGGUCUACUUGGGCGACGUUUGUGGAUCCGUUUGAUUUUGGUGGUAUCAUGAAGGGCGAGCCGGCGCAUGAUAUGUAUUGGCUAAGGCCGAAUGAGUGGCCUGUCUGUGAUGGCAGCUUUGCGCUUGGGACUGCGUCUAAUGCUAGGAAUAGGGCGGAGGAGAAGUCUGAGGAUAUCUCCCUGGCUAGCGAAGUAUAG